UUACGGACUCAUGCUCGUACGUAACAGCAGUAUUGGGAAACCAGGAGACAGAGUCCUUCCAGAUCUGAGAAGACGUCUUCUUCUCCACAAAAUCUGUGGCCAUUCAAACAAAUUCAUAAUAAUUUCUAGGGCACACCUUCUUGUGGGUUUGGAUAUAUAAUAUAUCAUUGUCAAGUGCAAAAUGAAGGCUCUUAUUCUCGUCGGAGGAUUCGGAACUCGCUUGAGGCCGCUUACCUUGAGCAUGCCAAAACCGCUUGUUGAUUUUGGAAACAAGCCCAUGAUUCUGCAUCAAAUUGAAGCUCUAAAAGAUGCUGGAGUCACUGAGGUUGUAUUAGCUAUCAAUCACCAACAACCUGAGGUGAUGCUGAGUUUUGUGAAGGAAUAUGAGAAGAAGCUAGAGAUUAAGAUCACUUUCUCACAAGAAACCGAACCCUUAGGAACAGCAGGGCCUCUCGCGCUGGCUCGGGAUAAGCUUGUGGACGAAUCAGGCAAACCCUUUUUUGUACUCAACAGCGAUGUUAUCUGCGAAUAUCCAUUGCUAGAGAUGAUCCAAUUCCAUCAAACUCAUGCCGCUGAAGCUUCAAUCAUGGUGACCAAGGUUGAUGAUCCUUCCAAGUACGGUGUGGUGGUUAUGGAGAAAGAAGCUGCAUCGAGAGUUGAGAGUUUCGUUGAGAAACCGAAACAUUUCGUUGGGGACAAGAUUAACGCUGGGAUAUACCUCUUGAACCCAUCUGUUCUUGACAGGAUCGAGCUGAGACGUACAUCGAUAGAGAAAGAGAUCUUCCCUAAGAUUGCUUCUGAGAAGAAGCUUUACGCCAUGGUGCUCCCUGGCUUUUGGAUGGAUAUUGGUCAGCCGAAAGAUUACAUAACCGGGCAGAGAAUGUAUCUCGAUUCUCUGAGAAAGAAAGCGCCAAAGGAACUGGCUGCAGGAGACCACAUCAUUGGGAAUGUUCUUGCGGAUGAAACCGCGGUUGUAGGAGAACACUGCUUGAUCGGACCUGAUGUGGUGAUUGGUCCGGGAUGUGUGAUUGAAUCAGGUGUGAGAUUGUUUAGUUGCACCGUAAUGCGUGGUGCUCGGGUCAAGACAAGUGCUUGUGUAUCUGAUAGCAUCGUGGGAUGGGGUUCGAGCGUUGGAAGGUGGGCUCGGCUAGCUAACGUAACGGUUCUUGGCAAAGAUGUUCACGUCGCCGACGCUGAAGUUUAUAGCAGUGGGGAUGUUAUCAUCCAAGGCCGUUAUAUGAUUUAAUAUGUUUUAACAGAUGAUUUAAUAUGUUUUAGCAAAUGUGUGUGAUUCUUCUUGGAAAAUUUGCAAAAUAAAACCAGAAAUAAAAUGAAG